GCAGCAAAGAAGUUUAAUCAAGACUGUUUAUAAUGAAUCUCCCUCAGCUAUUUCUCCAUCUUAUUUCAGGUGUCCAUCCACCUGGACCAGCCUGUGGUAUGUCUGGUUGAUUUUGCUGACCAUUUUUCUGCUGUUGGUGUGUGGCGUGUUGGCCAGUUGUGUGAAAUGCUGCAGAAGAAAUAAACCCCAGGUUCCUGCUUUCCCGGCCAGGCCUUACGAAGUUACAGUGAUUGCCUUUGAGAAUGAUAACACCAUCCACAGCACUGUUUCAACAAAUGGUCCUCUGCAGUACAUCUCUGCCAACAGGAAUAGUAUUCCAUUCCAGGAAAGCACUCUGCCUCCCCCACCCUACAGUCUCUAUGCUAUUGAAACCCCUCCACCCUAUGACUUGGCCCUAAAGAUGGCUAAACCUAUCAAGGUUCACGACCCAGAGAUCCUGGGACAGAAUUUGCAAAGGACUGAAGAUCCCAACCCAGCAGAGGAAACGUCCACAGCCACACCCACACCAUCGGUGUCUUCAUAACAAUGAAUGCCUUUUUAUUAUUUGACUCAAUUCGUGCAGAUGGUUUUUUUUUUAUUACCUACACAUUUUGGAGCCAUCUGUGAUCAACACAGCAAAUGUCUUCCUCCGAUUCCAAAGGGAACUGUUUAUAGUGGAUAUGUCUUGCUUUAGCAAGUGAAACAUUUUCAGCGGAUUGCUGCAGAACAAACUCCAUUACUGUGUAAUGACGUUAGUCUAAUGUAAUUUAUCAGUAAGGCAUAUCACCAACUACAAUGAAUAAUCAACACUAAUAGUAUUACAGCAUGUUGAAUGUUAUAAAGUUCGGAAACUGUGACAUUUACAAAAGAGAUUUUGAUGACUGUGUGUAGUCACAUUCCAAUACAAGCUUUGCUCCAGGUGAAAAAAGUUUUGAAGAAUCUUGUUUCGACCAUCAUGUUGCACAAUUUUAGUUUUCUAAAGACAAAGGCAGUGAAUCAUUCUUUCUUUAGUUCAGAAAACCUUUAGCAUUCAAUGUUAAAUUUAAUUGGGAACAAUAAAUAAUUUUUUGUACUGUUUAAUUGUCUAUUGUGGUGCCUAAUACUCAUAUUUGGAUUACAGAGCACAAUGGGUGGUGCGGUGGCUCAGUGGUUAGCACUGCUGCCUCACAGCACUAGGGACCCGGGUUUGAUUCCCCCCUUGGGCGACUGUCUGUGUGGAGUUUGCACA